AUGCAAAAAGUGGGUGUCACACACAAUUACAAGCACAACGGUCAUAGAGAGGGGAACAUAGAAAGAGAGAGGAGAGAAGAACGCUGUCACACGCAAGGCAUAAAGACAAACACAAAGGCGCGUGCUCCCACCGGACUGGAACGGCUGGCCGGGCUACUGGCGGCUACAAAGGAAAACGCCUCUGCGGAAAUCUCCAAACUCGACUCUCAGGUCCAAGCGCUGGAAAUCGAGCGGCGGACGCUAGAGGCCGCCCUCGAGACUUGUAGAGACGAGUUCGGAGAUGUUAAGACCCUGGUGGAACAGUUCCGGCUCGAGAACCCCCGAAAGUGGCGCGUGGAAGAGCGGGACGAUUGGAGGGCCCUGCUGGACAGCAUGCAGGCGGACCGGACGGCGCUGCAGCGACAGAACGACAGGCUGGAGGGAGAGCUUACGCGCUGCAUCACCGCGCUCCUGUCCAUCUUCCCUUCCUCAAGCCCCUUUCCGCGCUCCGGACGGGCGAAAGGGGGAGACGCAAACGGGACCGCGGCAGGGGGGGGAGACAAGAAAGGAACGGACGACGGGGACCACCCCCCGGAGUUAACCCACCGCAACAUUUCGUCCGGCAGCGACGGCCGUCGGCCUGUCAGCAGCCGCGGGAUAGCCGCGGUGGACCUGGAGUGGGUGGGCUCUCUGGCGGAGGAGUUCAACGUGGUCUUGGAGGGCGUUGUUGCCGAGGGUGACGACGGCGACGCCGGACGGGGAUCAGGGGCGGGGUCACCGAACGGGGGCGGCGACGCCGCGUCAGAGUGCCUCCGACUACGGGUUCAGCUGGACGAGCUGAAGCACGAGUCGGACACGGCGAGAGUUGCGCUGGAGAGUCAGGUUUUCGAGCAGGAGCAAGAGCUCACGAAGCUUCGCCGCGAGGUCUCCCGCUCCGACGGAAAGGGGUCGUCUCGCAGGGGCGUGGGAGAAGUAGCCGCGGCAGAGCGAGGCGGAGUUUCUUUCGCGGGGGUGUUCAGAUGGUGGAGGCAUGAUCGGAGUCGGGCCGCUGCCGACGGUGCGGGGGCGAGGGGAGCCGUGGCGGGGGCCGUUACCGUCGUCUGA